AUGCUGGAUCGCAGCAAGUCCCAUCAGUUCCAUUAUUACCAACCAGGUAUUGGAACAUACGUAACGACUACUACAUUGUCUCAUACCAGUCGCUUGCAACGGAUCAAGUCUGCGUACCAGAAAGCCAAGGAUUCCGCGGUCGGGUCUUCCUUUGAUGAGCACGUCAUGGGCGGGUACAAGUUUCUGAUGAGAUUCUACAACCCCGGUGAUGAAAUUUACUUCAUCGGCUUCAGUCGAGGAGCCUAUGUCGCACGCUUCUUAGCGGAGAUGCUUGAUUUCAUCGGAUUGCUCGAAGCAGGAAACGAGGAACUUAUUCGGUUUGCUUGGAAGACAUUCGCAAAGUGGCAGCAGCGAGGGGGGGACAGCGAAGAAGACAAGGAGGAGAAAGAGAAGCUCUUCCGUUACAUGAAGGCGUUCCGAGAAACAUUCAGCCGACCCAUCACCAGGAUCAGAUUUAUGGGUCUGUUCGACACGGUCAACAGUGUCCCAAGAUUCGAGUCGGCAUGGAUGCAGCGGAGCAAGUUUCCAUAUACAGCUCGGAGUUCCGCCAAGGUCAUUCGACAUGCUGUAGGCAUUGACGAACGCCGGGCUAAGUUCCGGCAAGACUUGAUCUCCGAGGUCAAGCCCUCGAAGAGAAAGCACGCGCAUCGUCAUCAUCCCCAUUUGCACCGUCACCAUAAGCAGCAACAGAACGGUGGAGCCGCCGCCGAUAAUGUGCCGGAGAUUGUCCUGAACGAUGAUCAGCAUGCUGAUGAAAAGGUUAAUGGAACUGGAAACAUCACAUCCCACGAUCAGGACGACAAGAAAUCUGUCUAUCGAAGCGCGCGUAGUUCUCGCGAGAGUCUCCCUUCAAAUCGCUACCGUGCACCCUCCCCGGUAUCUGCUAACAGGAACAGGUCUGGCCUUGCUGUUCCGAUUGCUACCGGAUCCACAGAGGAUCUUACCUCAAUCCGAAGUGGGCAAUCUGGGAUUUCGCUUCAGGUGCCGACGGAUGCCCAUGUUGUAAACGAUGAUGGUGACGACCAGGAGCAAGACAUUCAGGAGGUAUGGUUUCCUGGCGGACACGCAGAUAUCGGCGGAGGCUGGACCCUAAGGGACGGCGAGAGCUUCGCUUUGAGUCACGCACCAUUGGUUUGGAUGGUCCAAGAAGCUCUGGCUGCAGGCCUCGAGUGUGACCCCGCAAAAAUGAAGCAAUUUGAGUGUCUCGAGGAGUUUGAGGGGGAAUACAGCCCCAUUCGAGAUGUCAAUUGGCAAAAGAGCUGGUGUGAAGAUCCAGCCCAUGAUCAUGACCAUCAUGAGAACGGCAAUGGGAAGGAGAAGUCUGCCGACGGGGAGCAUGAGUCACCAAGCAAGUCAAGUCAAAGAUUCAAGGCUGCCUUGUACGCCUCCAGCACGGAGGGUUACUUGCACGAUUGUCUAUCAUUCCGCAGUGGCUUGCCAACGUUUUCAGUUAUCACCUGGAAGCUGAUGGAGUAUUUACCGUUCCGCCGCAUGGAUCUACGUGAGGACGGCUCGUGGGAACCGAUCUGCUGGCCGUUGCCCUGCGGAGAAGUACGUGACAUCCCGAAUGAUGCACAAAUCCAUGUGUCGGUGAUCCGGCGCAUGAGGAAGGAUGAGAAGUACCGCCCAGGGAAUCUCAUCCUUGGUGGCGGAGGACGUGGAGUCCGAUUUGCUCCGCCAGAAGCUGGGAUGGGUGAAUGGGUGAUCAAGAACUUCGCAGGCGACCCAGUUCGGGAAACCUAUAUACGGAAAAGCGUCGCCAACGUGUGCAAGGAAGAGCACGAUUAA